UUUCAGGUGAGCGACGUGCGAGGAUGCGGGUACCAUCUAGCGACGCUGCUGGGCCUGCUGCCGGCUCAGGUCAUCAACGUGUACCUGGGCUCCACCCUACGGUCCAUACACGAGGUGCUGGAUGACUCGCACGUCACCGGCUACAUCGUGUUCGCGUUUCAGAUACUGAUCGGCAUAACCCUCAUGGUGUGGGUGGUCCAAAAGGCCCGCAAAGAGCUGACGAUCGCCAUCAUGGCCGCCGAGUCGUUAUCCACGUCGUCGAGCUCCACGCUCAGCUAGCCCACGCCUCGCGCGUCCACCGACCUGGACAGCGUCUCCGAGGAACGAUCCAGCUAGGGUCUACUCGACGGGUGCUUCGGACCCGCCGACGCCCAAGACGAAACGUACGUGUGAAUUUAAGGGUCAAGACGACCCUGUGAUACUAAGUAUAAUCGCCAAUUUACCUCCAAGAGGAUAGCCGUAAGUCCUGUGAAAUAAGUGUAACGCUGUUGAUGUUCGAACAGUAGAUACGUUCUACGUACAACCGUUUUAGUGCAAUGUUUAUAUUAAACGCGCGAGUGAGACUGCAUGUUAGUAAAAAUACGACGAUCUCCGAAUCUUCGCCACUUUGGUGGCCAGUUUUCAAAGUCAUCUUCAUAUUUUUCAUUAAAUUUCAAACAUUUUUACGAUGGACGCCCUGGAACGGGUCCAAAAACGGAACGCAUUCCCGGGGAAACAAACAGAUUUACAGCUCGCACGAGACAAACAAGCUCGUACAUAAAGUACAGUCGACAUUAUGUCCUUCAAGAGAUCACCGAUAAACACAAUUUUUGGAUGAGAUCUAAACUCGGGAGUAUUCGUAAUACCGUAAGGCGUAGUAGCCAUGAUGAUAGAACGUGAAAACAUUUUGUGAAUUUUAAGUUCUUAUUUCGUUCUUCCACAACAACGGUAUGAAAUUAUGGUUGAAGAUAUGGGACUGAGUUUUACCUUAAUUUAAAUCAGACUAUUAGAGAGCGGGAGAGAUAGACGUUGCCGCAUUGGGAGAAAGGAAAGUACCUAUCAUGCGCUUCGUUCACAACGAUAUUCGUUCGUAUCAAAAUUUUUUCGAUUAUAAUCAAAGGUCAAUCAACUAUACACCUAAACUGGUUAGCGAAUAAUGUCAAUAAGAUCGAUUUUUCCUUUGUUUGACCUUUUUAUUUGGGUAAUGUCAAUGGUACUAUUAAUCUGUACCAGGGCCAGACGUCUGGCGCCUACUAAGCCUUCGAGUGACGCCAAUGCCUGCAUCUUCUUAGUCUAUCGACUCAAACAUGGAGCAACUAACUUAAAUUAAUUCCAAAGUAACGAAUUAACUAAUUGUUUAGUCGCUCAGACGGAGACGAAGCGACUUCUUUAUACUUUGUGGAGAUGAACCCAAGAUAAAUAAAUUCACGCGUCGUACACGGGACUCUCACCGCUGCCACUCCUGUGUAGCCAGGAUCUACAGCUUGACCGCCACAAAAACCCAACCAGUGAAGGUCAAGUUUGUCCCUCGCGUCAUAUACGCUUGACAAACGAUCAAGGACAAUUAGUGAUCUCUCACUUCAACGUAUACUUUUCCCUGCUCCGGGGGUAAGUAGUAGAACUCCUGGUAGGUAAAUGGCUGACAGCCCAGAAUUUUUCACGUUGUUUACAACAGCACCGGCUCGGCUAGACUCCGUUUGGCCAUUCACUAAUUGAGGAAGACGUGUGCCUAGGCGUUUAGGUUAAUAGGUUAUGAGAGAGACAACUUAUACCCAUUUAUGAAUAGUGUAUCAUUAAGUCGCAAAAUACAGAGCGCAUAAUGCGAGAUCUACUCAGAAAUGAAGUUCUUAGCGAACGCACAGGUUUGAAAUAAACCCGCAAUCAUAACAGCCAGACAACGUUAACACUAGUCCCAAAAGUAUGUGUUUACUUUGACGUAAUCGAGAUGUAAUGUUAGUUAGCAUUUUAGCAUCUAAGGCUGGGUUGCACCAUCUUACUUCGACUUUAACAAAAUGUCAAAAAUCUGUCAAACUCCAUACAAAAAACACCGGUUAUCGUUAUAGUUAUUGUUAAAGUUAGGUGGUGCAACUCAUUCUUCGUGGUCUAAUUACAGUUAGUCACAACAUCACUACACUGCCGUAUUAUACGAGAUAGAACACCGGUAUAUAAACAUUUAUGUUCCUAUCACUUUAUACAUAUUUGCGUCUCGCAAACGCAUCGUAGUCAUGUAAUAUCUCAAAGCUAUUACUAUGCAAGGCACGUAAAUGUUAAUGUAUUCUCAGCUACGUGUGUUCUCAAAUGAUAAGAGACAAACAUACUAAUAAUAACUAAGACAAAACGUCACAAAACGAAAUCUUAUGAUCUACCAAUCGCGAGCUAGUGUACUGUCAACGCCAUCUGUUGGGGCACGACAAGGCACUAAAUGAACACUCAAUUUUGUGUGGAAACUGAAACUGGGCGUUUAUCAAAGGUAAAAUAUCGUUUUCCUAAUAAUAAAGAUAACUGCGUUACAAAAAUGCAUUUAUAACGUUUUUUAAAUAAUGCUAUAUUAUCUGCAUUUUCCGAAGUUGUAGGUACUUACGCUGGUAUGUAAAAGAAUUGUUAUCCAUAUGAGAAAGCAAUGAAAUUAUAUGUGACCAUAAGUGUGUUUAACAAUCAGUCGGAGAUAACUACCUAGCAACACGCGAUUAAAACUGCAAUUAAAUUUUUAGUUGGGAAUUUCUCUAUAAUUUGAGACUUACAUAAUAUUUUAAUGGAUGUCGUUGGAACAGGCAAUUCUGCAAAUAAUCAUGAUCCUCAUUUUUAACCGACUUCAAAAGGAGGGGUUUUCAAUUCGGUUGUUAUUUUUAUAACACUUAUUGAUGAUUGCACCAAUUCAAAUGAAUUGUAAUAAACUGUCGUGAUAGUAAGCUAGUUGUGUAGACAAUUCACCUAAUAUUAUAAAUGUAUAAAAGGAGUAGAUUUUUCAGUAUGGUGUACAUGUAAAUAGCUAAAUAUUUUUAUGUGUUUCUGUGUAACUAAAUAAAAUUAGUAGAAUUAAUAAAAAUUGCCAAAUUAUGUCACAGUCGGUUCAGGAAAAAAUACAUUGUUUAUAUUGUUAUUUGGAGGAUUUUUUGUAAGACAUUGGUUAAAUUAAUAAUGCAGUCAACAAAGAAAUACUUUUGUGUUCAAUUAACUGUAUUAAUAAUAGUCACUGAGGUUUUUUAUAAUUUAUUCAUUAUUUAUUCAAACUCAUUAAACAUAAUAUACUCGUCAGAUUAUUUUGACUGUGGCACGCGAAUAGUUGUGAAGACAAAAUCGUAUAAAUUAUGUGUAAUAAAAACCUUAUAACCAACAGUAUUUGGCAUUUAUUCUUAUGAGAUCGAGACUAAAAUAAGUCAUGAAGACUUUCAUUAUAUUUUUACUACAUUACAUUAUGUACUAAAAUUUAAUAUUUUAUUGUAUGUGUGUAAAAUGUGUGUAAAUUAAGUAUUUUCCUUAUUGGUAAUAAUUACCUAACUAUACUUAUUUUUAUUCCUGCAAUUUUAUUUAUUUUUGAACCUUUUAAAUGGAUAGAGAGAUAGCAUUUAUUGUACAGUGAAUUACUAAAGUGAUAUUCGUAGUUAUUUGUACGUAGUGACAUUGGCUGAUUGUCUAUGACAGGUUGCGUAGUAGAUAGACAAAUGCGCCUAAAAGUAUUGCAACUAAACUUGUUUUAUCCAUAUUUUGCUUGAAAAGCAAGUUCAUAAUUAUGGAGUAAUAUACCUAUGUAUGUGCAAUAAGUAAUAGACUAUGAUAUUUUAUGACAAAAAUUUAUAAACUGUUGAUUUUCUAAAGUGAAAUGGUUCUUCCUUUGUAUCCUAAAGACUGAUUUUUCUUUGUUUAUGGUAUUUUGUUUGUAUUUUUCUUCCAUUGUCUGUCAGUACCCUUUUUAUCUGUUGUAAUGUUAGAUCUUUUUUCUGAGUUAACCAUAGAAAAAAUACAAAAUAGGGUGUAAGGCACUGGCUGGCGAGUCACUUUGCCGUUACUGACUUAAAACGUCCACGAAAGCAUAGAUAAAAAAAUAAACCUUUAUAUAUUUCCUUUGUUUUUGUUUAAACCUCAAACUCAUAUUAGAACUUUUUAGAGUAAAAUAUUUUUUAUUAAAUUACAAUAACUUCAAAAAUGGUUUCUAGCCAGUCCCUUGCACCCAGCAGCGAAUGCUCAACUUGAGUCAUAAAGUAAUCCCUGCAGAU